AUAAAGGAAAAUACUAUUUCGUGUUUUUCUAAUUCAUAAAUCUACUUUGAUUUAAUGUGUUUCGUGCUGCUUUUUUGUAAUCAUCUGUGAGCUUUUCCAGCUGUUUGUGAGUGACACUAGUCUGAGCUGAUGUUUGUGAGAGAUUGGUCAUUAGCGAGGCAGAUCGAUGGGGUGUGUGCUGGAUGUCCCAUCACAGCUUUAAUGCAGCGGAGCGUCCGGUGUGUGUUCAGUCCAGACUCAUCACACACUCGCAGCAUCAUGAAGCAGCACUGUGCCAUCAAAAACAGUGUCUUCAAAGAGUUCCUGGCCGAGUUCCUUGGGACCUUUGUGCUGGUGCUGUUCGGCUGCGGCUCAGUGGCUCAGACGGUGUUGAGCAGAAACACUCUCGGGGAACCGCUGACCGUUCACAUUGGCUUCAGCACCGGACUCAUGAUGGGCGUCUAUGUGGCCGGCGGCGUGUCGGGUGGUCACCUGAACCCUGCCGUGUCUCUGGCCAUGGUCAUCCUGGGGAAGCUGAAGAUCUGGAAGUUUCCCAUCUAUGUGACAGCACAGAUGUUGGGCGCAUUUGUGGGAGCAGCUGCAGUCUUUGGAUUGUAUUACGAUGCCUUCAUGGACUUCACCAGCGGGAUUCUGUCAGUCACAGGAAUUAACGCCACUGGACACAUCUUUGCCUCAUACCCUGGCAGACACCUGACAGUCCUGGGCGGUUUCGUGGAUCAGGUGGUGGGGACAGGAAUGCUGGUCCUGUGUAUUCUAGCGGUUGUGGACGGCAGGAACAUCGGUGCUCCUCGAGGCGUGGAGCCGCUGGCUGUGGGUCUGAUCCUGCUGGGCAUCAGCGUCUCUAUGGGACUGAACUGCGGUUACCCUCUGAACCCCGCCAGAGACCUAGGCCCUCGCCUCUUCACUGCCGCUGCUGGAUGGGGCAUGGAGGUGUUCAG